UACGUUCUUUUUCAAGAGUUGAGAAGAAACCUUCGAUAGAGUUCUUCAAUCUGCAUUAUCCGAAUCAUAAUGGAAAUUAGUGGGCUCGUUUAUCUUAUCAUUAUUGCCACGAUAAUUGAUUUACCGUACGGUAAGGCGAACAAUUAUUGUAAAAUAAAAUGUUCGAAAGGAGGUGUCCAUACUGCCUGCAAAUAUGGAAGUCUUAAACCGAAUUGCGGUAAUAAGAUAGUGGUAUCCUAUGGUCUAACGAAAGAAGAGAAACAAGACAUCUUAAAGGAGCACAAUGACUUUAGACAAAAAAUUGCACGAGGCUUGGAGACUAGAGGUAAUCCUGGACCACAGCCUCCAGCGAAGAAUAUGAAAAAUUUGGUAUGGAACGACGAGUUAGCUUAUGUCGCCCAAGUGUGGGCUAAUCAAUGUCAAUAUGGUCACGAUACUUGCAGGGAUGUAGCAAAAUAUCCGGUCGGACAAAACGUAGCCUUAACAGGUAGCACGGCUGAUAAAUACGAUAAUCCGGUUAAACUAGUUAAAAUGUGGGAAGAUGAAGUGAAAGAUUAUAAUCCUAAGAAAAAGUUUUCGGAAAACAACUUUAACAAAAUCGGCCAUUACACUCAAAUGGUUUGGGCUAACACCAAGGAAAUUGGUUGUGGAAGUAUAAAAUACAUUCAAAAUGAAUGGCACAAACAUUACCUUGUAUGUAAUUAUGGACCCAGCGGAAACUUUGGGAAUGAAGAACUUUAUCAAACAAAGUAAACAAAAAUUCAACUUUAUACGUUCGAAGACAAGACGGAUUCACAGACAUUUUCUUAUGCAAGAAAAACGGACAAUGUCGAUAUAAUAAACAUUUCUUAAAAACGUUUCAGCUUUUAUAACGCUUCUAAUUGUAUCUAUUUAAUCCAUGUAUCUGAUCUAUCCAAAUAAUAACGAAGAAAAGAUUA